GCGCAUAUCAUCUCAACGGCGUGCUGUUAUCGUCUACCGCUGCGUCGUGCCGCAGCAGCCGCGCCGAUCACAAACGUUCGUGUGAGAGCGAGACACGGCUUAUUUCAUUGAGAGCGAGUACUCCUUUGCCGUUCAAAGAAAGAAGCAAAAGAAGGACGGAAACGGGAGCACGUAGAUGGAAAUAUUCCAUACGCUGUUGGUGCUGCAGCUGUGAUACGACUGGUGAAAUAUACAUAUAUAUACACAAGCAUUGGCGACGGCGGUACGUGGAAGGGUGGAGCUGCCCAACGCCCUUACGCGCAUAGAUGACGUCGUCGUCGCAUGCGACCUCCGCAGCGACACGCGGCGCCCCGCCUCAGGAUGUGGUCGUGCAGACCUACAAAGCCGAAAUUCAGCAGCUGAAAGAGGCCCUGCACGAGCUCGCGCUCCGCGACAGCAGCAAUGGCAAUCCAAGCUUCAGCGAAGUGCUGGAAGGCAAGUACCUCGCUCAGAUUAAAAAGUGCAAGGCCUUUUCCGUUCAACUCGGCACCGCGCAGCAGCAGCUCGCGGACACCCAGAAGGCCCUGCAAGCCGAGCAGGAGAAAACGAAACGGUUGGUGGCCGCCGCAACGUCCGCGGCAGGUCUUUCCGUAGCAGGAAAGGGAAAAGGCGGUGGUGCAGCGCACAACAACAAGCUGGGCCGUGGAGCAGGUCCGUCCCUCAGCGACAAAGGCGAGUCCAACGCGGACGGCACCGACGCAGACGAUGCGGAGGAGGGCGCGAAAGGUGCAGCGGUGCAGCGAGUUUACGACCAGCUGCAUCUGAAAGAAAUUGCGCUGGCCGAAGCGCAGCGCGAGAAUGGAGCGCUGCGCUCGCUGAUUAAGCGCGAGGUGGGUCUGCGCGAUGAGACAGGCGACGUGGACGGGCUGCUGAACCGGACAACGGCAAAAGCCCCAAGUAGCGGUAGUGGAGCUGUCGUAGGGUCUGGUUGGCGCGGUCGGGCAGAGGAAAUCGUGCUGCUGAAGAGCAAACUGAAGGACGCACAGCGGGCGGUGGAGGCGAUGUCCGCAGCAGCAGCAGCAGCAGAGAAUGGGCAGUACGAUGACACAAGCCAAGGCAAUGGCACCAACGUGCACAACGGCGCAGACUCGCUAGCGUUGCCGGCGUCGGUGCGGGCUUAUUUGGGCAUGGAGGAGUGCAUCAACGCAGAGACGCGAUCGGCGGCGACCACCACCACAACAGCAAUUCGCCGAAGAGACGUCGACGACGAAGCGCGCGACCGACUGACCGCGAUGCAGCAACAGCGCGCUGCUCAGCAACAACAACAGGUCGUCGAUGCCGCGCAGCAGCAGCGGCAGCUGCAGGAGGAGAAGCUGCGGACGGCCGCGUUGCAGGCGCGCGUCAAGACCAUGAAAUCGGAGCUGGACACGCUGCGGACCUACGUGGGGACCAUGUUGGACAAGAGCGCCACGGAUGAUGAGCUCGUAGAGGCCUAUAAGCUGGAGGUGCGGCACGCGCAGGAGGAGAUGCGGGAGUGGGUGAAGAACGCAGCGAUGCAAGGCAUCCCCAACACCGAAAUGGAGAGCUUAAAGUUAACAGGAGUGCGAGAUGGAGUGGGUGCGUUCUCCGCAGCAGCAACAGCAGGAACGAGAAGCGUGCCGUACCGCAAAGUGGCGCUGCCACCACCGUCGGCUGUCGCUCCUCCCGUCUCGGUGGCAUCCGACGCAAGAGACAAACAGCCACCCGCAUCUCCACAUCCGCCGCAACAGCAACAGCAACAGCAGCAGCAGCAGUCAUCGUCCUCAACGAUGCAGCAAGACGUCGACGCGGUCGUGUACGAAUGGGUCCGACGCGCCUGCCAAGAAGGCACUGCGAGGAAAGACAGGCGUGCAGCGGGCGCGGCGUCAGCAGCGGAUCGACCAUCACCGCCGCCGGCGAGCGCCGUGGCCGCCGUGCUGCGCAGUGCCUUAGAGCACGUGGCGCAGGUGGAGCGUCACGCGACAGCCGUCUCCGCGCUGGGGGGCGCUGAUGCGACGUCGCGGGAAGGCAAGGCGUGCCCAGAAGAGGAGGCCGCCGCCACACAAGUCGAGAAGGUGCUCUUGAUGGAGAACGCGUCCUUGAAGAAGCGUAUGCGAGCCCUGACAGACAUGGUGGAGCGCGAGAUGGCGGCGCAGAAGGUGCUGUGGAACUCAAGAGAUGCGAAGGGAGAAGGGAAGCACGAUCCGUGA